CUUGUUCUCUUGUUGGUUAAGAUGUCAUUCUAUUAUAUCGGACUAAUAUAAGAAAAUGAUCCUUUAUAGCUGUUAAUUUGUAUUAUAUAUACACUAAAUUAUUUAUUAAUGUAUUUAAUAGUAUAAAUAAUGCAAUGAGUCGACACGAGGGUGUAAGCUGUGACUCCUGUUUAAAGGGCAAUUUCCGCGGCAGAAGGUACAAGUGUUUAAUAUGUUAUGAUUAUGACUUGUGUGCCGCCUGUUUUGAGGGCGGCGCUACAAAUACAAGACAUACUACUGAUCAUCCGAUGCAGUGUAUAUUAACUAGGUCUGAUUUUGAAUUGUAUUAUGGGGGAGAAGCUUUAACAAGUUUGGAACUUCCACAAUCAUAUACCUGUCCAUAUUGUUCUAAAAUGGGUUACACAGAUGUUACUCUUCAAGAACAUGUUUCAUUAGAUCAUCCUGAUUCACCAUUUGAAGUAGUAUGCCCAUUAUGUGCAGCAAUGCCUGGUGGGGAUCCAAAUUUAAUGACUGAUGAUUUUGCUGGACAUUUAACUUUGGAACAUCGUCCAGGUCCCCGAGAUUUAAUUUCUUUCUUGGAUGAACCAGUGAGUACGAGGCAUAAUGUUAGACGAAUUCCGCAUAAUACAGGACAUGCUACCACUCACAUAGGACGAGGAGCUGCCUCUUUAAGGCCUAGAAGAUCAAACAUGCACUUUAGUGUUUUCAGCUCUGGUGGCCUAUCGUCAUUAUCGCCUUCAUCCAGAGAUAGUGUGGAUCCAAUAGCCGAGUUAUUAUCGCAGUUGUCAGGUGUUCGCAGAUCAACUAGCAACACAAACAGCAGUACGCCGACACAGUUGCAGCAGUUACAGAUGCAACUUCAAUUAGAACGGCAACAAGUGAACGCUGCCAGGCAACAACUUGAACGAUAUCCGAGGCGACAGACACAAACCGGUCAAACUGGUCGCGAAAGUCAUUCUUCAUCGAACUGUGGAACCUCUACGAUGAUGCUCAAUCCGACACCUGUACUGUUGCAACCGUCUAACAACGCCCCGUCUGCUCCAAACCCUCACUCGCAAUAUUUAUUAACAAAUCUUUUAGAGGAAUUAUGCCUGCAAUCGACAACUGAACAAUCAAGGCAGGAUAGAAGCCAAUUUGUCCAAGAAUUAGUUUUGUCAUCGACGGUUGUCAGCCCCCCCAAAGAGGAAAACGAAGGCGGUACCGAUGCUGAUGCAGAUGGUGGCGGCACGGAUGGAACAGAUGGAACAGAUGGAACAGACGGUUCCGGUGGUGCAGCUGAUAACCCAGAUGAGAAAAACGUAGGUCUGAAUAAGUCUAAAUUGUUGGCUCUUCAAGAUGAUUCGUCGUACGACGUGUCUCUGAAACCCCUUCAAAGCCGAGGUCAAGGUCGAGUUAGAGGUCGAGCCAGAGCCGAUGCUCAAAAUGCUAAAAGACGCGCCGAAGCCAAUCGUUCUUUAGAUGUGAAAAAUAAAAAUGGACUUGAAGAGGAACCCAUUAAUAGUAGAUAGUUUAUUUAAUUAAAAUUUUCAAAUUAUUAUUCUUGUGAUAGAUUGAUUUUAUAUAUACAUACAUAUAUUUAAUACGAGGACCUGCUUGCAUCAAACACAUUUUCGUUAAUCGCAUUCAUUAUUUUUAUGUUAUAUUAUUUUAUUGCUUCGUGUAAAAAUGGCAUAGCUUUGCACCUUGAAUAAUUUAUUGUUUUCUUUUUUUCAUUAAAUGUGUGGAUUAGAUUUUUAUUUGAACAGGUUCUCUGUAAAUAAUAUAACAAAAAUAUUCAGUGGGGGUGUUAUGUUACUUCUUUUAUUACACAUAAGAUCCUAAACUUGUUUAUCACCGAAAAUGAAUAAAUUUUAAUCAUACGAAAGAAAGUCUUUAUUUUCUCAGGCGGAAUGAUUAAUAAUUUAAUAAAUAGCAAUAAUUGUAAUUCACGGUAAUGAAGACCUGUAAAAGCCAGUUCUGUAAUAAAAAUUUCUACACCGUA